CAUAAAACCCCCACCAUAACUUUUCAGUCAGUCUUGAAGGUCCUGUCCGAUCACCUAGCGCUCUGCCUCCGAAGCACCCAGAUACUGAAACCAAGCAACAAUGGCGGACAACGGGGUCAAGUCCGGCCCUGAGCCAAGCGAGCGCACCACGAUUGGUAUUACGUUCGGCAAUUCCAACAGCUCCAUCGCCCACCUGGUCGACGACAAGGCGGAGGUCAUUGCAAACGAGGAUGGAGACCGCCAGAUCCCCACGAUCCUCUCGUACGUCGAUGGCGACGAAUACUACGGCCAGCAGGCCAAGAAUUUCCUUGUCAGGAACCCCAAGAACACAGUCGCCUACUUCCGCGACUUCCUAGGGAAAGAGUUCAAGUCGAUCGAUCCUACCCACAACCACGCGUCUGCCCACCCGCAAGAGUCUGGCGAGACGGUAGCGUUUACAAUCCAGGACAAGGAGGGCGAGGAUGCGGCCCCGUCAACACUGUCCGUCUCCGAGGUCGCCACCCGCUACCUCCGCCGCCUGGUGGGUUCGGCUUCCGAGUACCUCGGCAAGAAGGUCACGUCGGCCGUCAUCACCGUUCCCACAAACUUCACCGACAAGCAAAAAGCCGCCCUGAUCGCUGCAGCGGCUGCCGCCGACCUCGAGGUGCUGCAGCUCAUCAGCGAACCGGUCGCCGCGGUGCUCGCCUAUGAUGGGCGCGCAGAGACCAAGAUCGAGGACAAGAUUGUCGUCGUGGCGGAUUUAGGCGGCACGCGGUCCGAUGUCACUGUGCUUGCCAGCCGCGGCGGCAUGUACACGAUCCUGGCGACGGCGCACGACUACGAAUUUGCUGGUUUUGCCUUGGACAAGGUGCUUAUGGAUCACUUUGCCAAGGAGUUCAUGAAGAAGAACUCUGGGGCGAGCGACCCGCGCGAGAACGCCAGGAGCCUGGCCAAGUUGAGGCUCGAGGCCGAGGCGACCAAGAGGGCCCUCAGCUUGGGCACCAACGCGAGCUUCAGCGUCGAGAGUCUGGCAGACGGCCUCGACUUUGCCAGCACCAUCAACCGCCUGCGCUACGAGACGAUCGCCAGGACCGUCUUUGAGGGCCUCAACCGCCUGGUCGGGUCGGCCGUCAAGAAGGCUGGCCUCGACGUUCUGGACGUGGACGAGGUGAUUCUGUCCGGCGGCACCUCGCACACGCCCCGCAUUGCUGCCAACCUGCGCUACCUGUUCCCCCAGAACACGAGGAUAUUGGCGCCCUCGACCGAGCCGACGGCUAUCAACCCCUCGGAGCUCCAGGCCCGCGGCGCCGCGCUGCAGGCCAGUUUGAUUCAGGACUACGAGGCUGAGGACAUCGACCAGUCGACCCACGCCGCCGUCACAACAGUACCGCAUGUCACCAACGCCAUCGGCGUCAUUUCGCUCAACGAGGCUGGCGAGGAGACGUUUGCUCCUAUCGUUCCGCCCGAGACGGCUGUGCCUGCGCGGCGAACGGUGCACCUGUCUGCGCCCAACGGCGGCGACGUUCUGGUUAAGGUUGUCGAGGGCAACACGCAUAUUAAGGUGACCAAGCCCGAGCCCAAGGCCAAGGAGAACGGCGAUUCCAAGGCGGCCAAGGUCGAGGAUGCCGACGAUAGCGACGAGGACGACAGCGACUUCGACGACGACGAGGAGGAGGAGGAGGAGAAGCGGGAAAAGGUCUGGAAGAUUGGGUCCACCCUCGCAGAGGCGGCCGUCAAGGACGUCAAGAAGGGCGGCAAGGUCGAGGUCUCGAUUACGGUGAAUUCGGAUCUGUCGAUUAUCGUAACAGCGCGGGAGGUUGGCGGCAAGGGCGGCGUUCGUGGGACAUUGACGAGUGCUUAGGAGGCACUUUCUAGGCGAACACAUGGCGGCGGCAGGUUGGCACAUAGACUGUGAUGAAAGCGCACUGCGGGCCCCCCGUUCACUUUGCAAGACUGAGGCGCGCGGGUCGUGGUGGGUCCGUGGUUUUGGCUGGGUAAUCCGCUUUCUGUGAUAGAUCUGCUCUACAUAGACUGAUUCUUGCAGUCAAUAUCAUCGUCAUUCCGCAUCCCGCUUCCUGCG